AUGUCUGCAUCUGGGAGUGGUCGUGCACGUAAUGUUUUUGAUGCUCUACUGACAUUUGUGAAAGUUGAGAAAGAUGAUCCAGUUACAUCAUGUCGCCAGGUGACUUCAGAUGACAAUAGUCAUCCACUCUUGAUCAAACCGGAACCUUUUGAUUCAUUGGAAGCCAACGCACAGUAUAAUAUCGACUCGUGUCACAACAGUACUCGAACAACUAGUUUUACAGCUACUCAUGACGGUGGCCAUGUGAACAACUUUGUAAACCAAGUGUCAGUCAUUCGUGAGAACACUUUCCUAGUUGACACUGUUUCCAGCUGUCAGUCGACCAACAAUUCAGAUGGUUUGCAGUCAUUAUUCACUUCCACUGUGACUGGCACAAGUACGUCUUCCGAUUCAAUCAGUUCAGUACAUGAUAAGAUUUCAAGCCACCCUUGUUCUUCCGCGGCUCAAGUGGCUAGUUCCAGCAUUACUUCGGUAACACCGCCUACUGCUUCACCAAGCAUAGAAAAUGUCUUUUCGGGAUCUAUAUCAUCUGGGAAUGAUGUGAAUAAUUUGUUUUCUCUUCCUCUUCGAUUGUCACCUGGUUUUGUUGGUGAUUCGAAAAUUGAAACUCCUGUGAUACGUGAAUAUAUCAACCAAAAGUGUAAUAGACUACGAUAUCCUCUUCAGUUGGCUUGGGAAAUGUCGAAAUUGUAUUCACCAUCGAAGUUGCCUGUGAUAUCGACAGACAAGCCCUCUAUUUCGUGUGGUCAGUAUAAAAGUUCAUUCUGCAACACUCAACAACGGGACCGUGGGUACUUGGAAAUAGAUGAUAGUCAUUUCAUCGGUGUUAAUUCUUCCAGUCUACCUGCCAAAACCAGUACUGUAAUGGUGCAUGACACAAGUCAACCUCGUACGAAAGCUCAAAUGCGUGAAGUAAGCACGAUAAACGAGUCAAUGGAGACAACAUCAGAGAAGAUUACAUCAGAAAAUUGUAACAAUGAGUUUAGACAAUCAGAAGGCUGUUUGUCACACAAAGAAAAUACGGAGGUUUCGACUUCUGAGGUGGUAGUCGUGUCUGAUAACGAGGGAAUAUGCGAAUCCUCUGAAGCACACCGUGAAAGUUCGUCUGCAGUGAGAAGAAAUAAACGUGGUAGGCCUUCUCGACGUCUCCAGAGUAGUUGUGGAAAGCGAAGAAGACUAUCGUCAUCUAGAGCAUCCAGGUUGCAGCCUACGACUGCAUCUAAAUGCCCACCAAUGACGAAAGAACAGUUAACCAAACUUAAAUCGAUGUCAUCGCUUGAUCUGGUUGGAAAUGAAGAGGCUAAACUUUUAAGAAUGCCGUAUUGUGUUUGUACGUAUGCAUCGCAAUCUGAGAAACAUGAAAUGAAAUCUCACUUAUUACUUGGCGAUGUAAUAAGAGUUUUAUAUUUGUUGCUUACAAAUCGUAAACACCAGAAUAUUGCCUUGCAAGUAUUAAGACACUGUUGGAUAUAUUGUCAUCGAGUCCCCCUAGCUGAUAUACGUCUUUUUACAUUGAGGGGUUUAUCAUCACGAGACUCUGCUCAUCUGUCUCAGUAUCCAUUGGUAAAUUCAGAGUCACCACCACUGUUUGUUGUCCGGUGGUCUUCUGACAGUCUGUUGAAGGGGACACUAGAAAUUGCCUGUAGCUGUCUACCACGUGACCGAUGCUGGUACAAUUGUUGUUCUGAAAGAUUUCUGCAGGCAUUAUCACGUUUAAUAUUCAAACCUGAUGCGAAAAAGUAUCUUUUAAAUAUAUCAAAAUACCUUUCAUCGAAAUGUCGUCAGAUUUCAAAUGCUUCUUCUUCAUCGUCAGCAUCAUUAUAUGUGUUGUCGGAUGGAAACGAUCGUGAUGAUGAUUUUGAGUUAACUGCACCUAAUCCUCCGGUGGAUGAUAAUAUGCGUGAAAGAAAUUUACACGUGGAAUUGUGCAAGUGUCUUCCUCAGUCAGUUUCAAGUUUUCUAAGAAGGACGACCGGCGUAUCUACGCACCACAUUGCGUCUUUCGGAUUUCUAAUUAGCUCUUUUCAUAAUACAUGCCUACAAGUUCUGAGUGAGGCUAAGACGACUUCAGGUUGUAAUUCAAAUGCUCAAAUAGACAAGAGUGUCUCCUUGAAUCUGUUCAGUACUAUGGAAUGUCUACAUCAAGUUAUAUCUGUUUGUUUGUGCCGAUUACAUGAUUCUUUUGCAUCACUUAUGUCAGCUGGUUCUUGUUUGAAGGCGAGGCAUGAACUCGCAAAUGCAGACAGUAAUUCUGUUCAAUCACGUUCUUCUAUGCGGCUGGCUCGUGGACGAGCUCGUCUUUUUGAAUCGGAAUCAUGUGCACGAGAUAACGUUAUUCGUAUAUUAACGGAAGAGGUUUGUGUUCCGCUCCGUAAUGUGUUAAAUUUCCUGGAGAAAAUGUAUCACACGUUGUGUAGUAUAACAUCAAGUGGUUUCUUGCUUUGUCCUUUCUUCGGUUGUGAUAAGAAGGAUACUAGUUUACUGCCUUCGAAACAGUGUGUAUUCGAUUCUAUUGUAUAUACACGAGGACUUGUUAACUUGGAUGCGCCAUCAAGAGAGCAGCGGAAUAUUGAGUUGUUUACGAAUAUUGCCUUCUUCUUACUCGAGUAUCUCACCACCGAUGUUUUCGGACAUGUUCGUGGUCUGCGUGACAGUGUGUUUUCGUUGAAAGAGGAGUUAUCAAAGACUUAUUCCUCCAUAAUGGACACUUGGGUGCCAGCAUACAAAGACCAGCUUCCCUCUGUUAGUCCACGUGCUGAUAUUGAUUUGAAGUAUCUCUUCUCAUCUUUGCAGAGUCAAUAUGAUGCAAUUGAAGCUUGGAGUCGACGUCAACAUCAGGUAGAAUUGAAGCAGAUCAGUAGUACUAUGAUUAGUUUUCUAACACAACUUUAUGAUUGUUGGAAAUGUGGGUUUCUGUGUAGCGAUUUAAAGUUGCCAUGCCGUAUUUUAAAUAUUCCAUAUGGUUCAAGAAACAGUUUAUCCCAGCCUGUGUUGAAUAAGGUCAAUGUGAAUGGGAUAUCGCCAUGGCCACCUCAACACUUAACUUUUGUUCCACCCGAACACCCAGUGCCAGAAAAUUCAGUCAGUGAUCUAAGUAAAACUGUUUGUUCGACAAGCAGUGAUUCGGUAGAAGAUUUUGUCUAUUCGAAAGUGACAUUUUCACGUGAUUCUUUGAGGAAGACGUUGAAAUCUGCGGUAAUCACAGUGCAUACUCCGGAAGUCAGUAGCAGCAGUAUUAGUCAGAGUGAAGGGCGUAUCUCACGUGAUGAUGUCCAUGAUGGUAAUGCAAGACUGCUCAGUGAUCGAUGUGCUGGAGUGGACUCUUCCGUAUCACACUCCAGUAACCCGUGUUCCCCUAAUAUUAUUCCUCAGACAAGAUUACUUAUUGCUGUUAACCAAACAUGUUCAAAGAAUGUUACAAGUAUGUCACCUAACACCUCCUCAUCUUUGGAUUCUAAUUCUCUUCGAACCACAGAGGUGAUAAAUUCGUCAGAAUCUUCUGUUUCGGUGAGUAAAAGUACUACUGAUAAUUCAGAAUUGAAUUCUUUAAAGUUAGUUACUGAGAUUGUUGUGAAUGAUGUGCCAUCACUUGAGAGCCUUUCAAAUCCCUUAUCAUUAGGAAACGCUUGUAAUAAUAGUCCUACUGAAAUUGACGUUGCGUGCAAAGAAAAGGCAUCUGUUAGAAAUUCAUAUGAUUGUGAGAAAGAAGUUAACGGUAGCCAGUGUUCUCCUCAACCAACUCGGGUGUGCAGUUCUGUGGUGUCAAAAAACAGUGAUACGUCAUCAAUCGGUACUAAUGUGAGUGAUUCAAUUGAUUCCCGAGGUGAAUCAUUGGUUCAGAGUGCUUCGGUAAGUCUAAGUGGAACAACGGAAUGUGCUCAUUCGGAAAACUUCUCAUCCGUACCGAAUAAACUAUCAGACAGUCUUAUGCUGGUCUCAUCACGUAGUGAAUGUAAUGAAUCUGAAGCGCAGUCUGUCCCAUCAAACGCUGAUGUGGACACACCAUCUCCUUCGUAUGUUUCAAUCAAUAAUGUUGAGAAUAUUCUUCACAGCCUAACACAGCUGAACCUACGGAAGAUAUUGAUGUCACUUCAGGAUUCAAGUUGCCGAGAUGAUCAUGAUGAAGAGUCGACAUAUUCUCUUGAGAGCAAUUCUGAUGAGAUAUCAGAAAGUGGAUCCCAGUUAUCGUCUGUCAGUACCGUUGUCUCAAUAAACCGGGAGAAAGAAAAGUCGAUAAAGAAGGUUUGCAUUUAUUUACCCAGUAAUACUGUUACUAACUCUCCGAUUAAGAAUAUUGUCUGUCAAUAUAGUAGUGCGGAAGAGCACUCCGACUCUGAUCAGGUGAACAGUUGCACAAUGACUCUUGAUAGACGGCGAGUUGGGAAAUUGAAACGGAAGCUGAAGAAGUUGAACCACUUACCUGUUUCUGGAACGAAUACUUCUGAAAUCUCAGAAAGGAACUCCACCUCACAAAUUGAAAGUCUCUUGUGCUCGAUUCCGUCAACUAGUAACAGUUGUUCAUUGACGGGGUUUCCAGAUGGUUCACAUAAUUUGACUAAUUUCCGUGUGAAACAACCGUUAAGUGAUCUUGUAUCUCUUCCUUCUUGGGUGCAAGAGAAAUCUCUGAAUUCUAAAGCUCCCGGACCAGUGACGGCUUCGGUAUUAGGACUAUCUGCGUUCCCACUUUCAACUGUAUCAGUUGACUCGACUUCUGAUGAAUAA